AUGGCUCCCUCUGCGAUCUCCCCCGCUCAGCAGCACGCCCAGCUCGCCGUGGGUGUCAAGAAGGUGAAGGACGCCGGCGCUACCGUUGAGGAGCGCACCGAUGGCCUGACCAAGCCGCUCAGCGAGAUGCUGGGCAGCUGGGACGACUUUACCUUUGCGCCCAUCCGUGAGAGCACCGUCUCGCGCGCCAUGACCCGCCGCUACUUCGCCGACCUGGACGCGCACGCCGAAACCGACAUCGUCAUCGUGGGCGCGGGCUCCUGCGGUCUCUCCGCGGCCUACACGCUCGGUACGCUCCGCCCGGACCUCAAGAUCACCAUCAUCGAAGCGGGCGUCGCCCCCGGCGGCGGCGCCUGGCUCGGCGGCCAGCUCUUCAGCGCGAUGGUGAUGCGCAAGCCGGCCGACGUGUUCCUCCGGGAAAUCGGCGUGCCCUUUGACGACGAGGGCGACUACGUGGUGGUCAAGCACGCCGCGCUGUUCACUAGCACUGUGCUGUCGCGCGUGCUGGCUAUGGAUAAUGUCAAGAUGUUUAAUGCUACGACGGUGGAGGAUUUGAUUACCCGGCCGUCGGAUGAGGAGGGCGCUGCGGGCGUGCGCAUUGCGGGUGUUGUUACGAACUGGACGUUGGUGUCGAUGCACCAUGACGACCAGAGCUGCAUGGACCCUAACACUAUCAACGCGCCGGUUAUCAUCUCGACCACCGGCCACGACGGCCCCUUCGGCGCCUUCUCCGUCAAGCGCCUAGUCAGCAUGAAGCGCCUCGAACAACUCGAAGGCAUGCGCGGCCUGGACAUGCAGCGGGCCGAAGACGCGAUUGUCAAGAACACGCGUGAGAUCGUGCCCGGUCUGAUUGUCGGCGGCAUGGAGCUGUCCGAGAUUGACGGCGCCAACCGCAUGGGCCCGACGUUUGGCGCUAUGGCGCUUAGCGGGGUGAAGGCGGCGGAGGAGGCGAUUCGGGUUUUUGAUCUGCGUAAGAAGCAGAAUGAUGCUUAA